AGCCGUGCCACCGGAGGAAAACAUCCCCUCUCAUCUACAAGGCGAGCAGCGCUUUAAAAAAACAAAACAAAACGGCGCCACAUGCAUUAAGACGGACAUUUAAGGAAUGCACUACUUUUGAAAAAUUGCACUUGAUCUUGUUGAGUCAGAGAAAGUAACUUUUCCGGACAUCAGAGGAUGGAACGAUAAGUUUCCAGCGCUUUCUUCCCUCCUUUCAACCGGCUGCGCUGACACUUCUGAAUGGCCAGAAGUUGCAACUUCGCUGAAAUGAUGCUCCGCUUUCCUCACCGUUCAUUGUUCCAAGUGGUCGCAGCGGCUGUCCUGACAGCUGUUAAAGUUGGUGAAUGCCAGAAGAUUCCUAAAGACUCUGGGCCGUCUUUCAGCCUAUCUCCAGUUUUUCCUGCUGUCAACUUUCAGGUCCUCAAUGUAGACCAUGUGUUUCUCAGGCAGGACGGUCCAGAAACAUCAGGGAACUCCAGCAUGAAGGCUCGGACCCAGACUUUUCUCAUUACUAGUCCAGGUGCUGGGCUCCUACAGCCAACAGUCAACGCCUCAUUUGGCCCCCUUACUGUAGACGCCCCAAUUCCUUCUGACCAGCUCCUAAAUGGGCGCAGGAUUCUGCCAGUUAUAUUGGUCCGUCAGGUUCGUUCUUCAUCCCCUGUUGUCAAGAUUCUCUUCCACAUGCCUACAGUUAGUAACACUACUUCUGGGCAAGAAAAGACGGGAUCUGGAGAAGAUAUUGGGAGUAAAAGUGUUGGAGCCAAGGUAAAGGAUGGAGCUUACUGUGUCACAGCUUAUGCCUUCUGGGACACAAGGGAAGUUCGUGGCGCAUGCCUGGUGCUUCCAGGUGGAUUCUGUAUGGCACAGCUUAAGCCAGAGCCUACCUGGUUCAGCUCAGCCAGCCGAUCAAGCAGUUCGAGCAGGGAAGCAGGAAGAAAUGAACUAAAUAAGGGGCUCCAGGGGAACCUUGUGGAGGUUUACUUCCAGAGUCGGAGGGAUCAGACAGGUCAAUGUACCCCGCAGGAUAGUCUGCAACGUGUGGGAGUAGGAAGAGGAAGAGAUUCUGGGGGAUCAGGGACACCCAUGAGGCGGAUAGGAAGUGUCAAUCUGCUCAGAACUCCACCAGGGAACCCCACCUUUCUUAGACUGAGGCUUGGAGGCGCUGUGGUGAUUCAGACCUCUUCCAAGCCCCUGAAAACGACAGAUGUUGCAACCUUCUAUGUCUUCCUGGCAAGCACAUCUGCAUUGGAAAGUUUCAGUCUCAGGGCAACAGUAAAAUCCGGCCUAUCGUUCAGCGCAGCACGACCCAGUGACUCGACGCUGUGGGACAUCGUCUUGGAGCCUGGCAGAGGAGUAGCUCCAAACUCUGUGUCUGUUUUCUGCCAGAGGAAGCUUGCUGUCACUGCAAAGAGGGGUCUUCUGGAAGUUUUGCAAAUCGACUUUGUUCCAAAAGAUGUGUCCGAGCAGAUUGAGAGUCAGAUGAUCUCUUGGCGUCUGGAGUUGCCGGGGAACAUUAAAGAUGUGGGAACAAUGCGGAUCUACACCACUCGGAAAGAUUACGUCGGGCUAGCACCGCUGGUCAUGAACACUGAUAUCCUGAACACUGCGGUGCUGACGGGUAAAAUGGUGUCUGUCCCUGUGAAAACUCUGGCUGUGGAGGCUGAUGGCUCCGUCACUGAUGUGACCAACUUCACCAGCUGCAGGUCUACAGAGGACGAUGUGCUCAAGGUGUCAGAGCGAUGCGAUUAUGUCUAUGUAAAUGGGAAAGAGAAAAGAGGGAGGAGUAGGAUGAUGCUCAACUUCACUUACGGAUUCCUGAGCGCCCAGCUGGAGAUGAGUGUCUGGAUGCCUCGCCUGCCCCUGAGCAUUGAUGUGGCCGACCCCGAGCUCAGCCAGAUAAAGGGCUGGAGGGUCCCUGUUACUACUGGAAACAGAAGGUCCACAUGGGACAGUGACGAAGAGGAGGAGAUGAGGAAGGGCAGGGGUUGCAUGCUGCAGUACCAGCACUCUACACUCCGGGUGCAAACACAUUUCAUUGCCCAGGCCAAUGCUGAGAUAUUGCCUGACCUGCUAACUGGGGUGGAGCCUGUUGAGUACUUCCUGGGUCCUGAUUGGAAGGUAGAUGUGACCAAUCUUGUUCGCAAUUCUGUAAAAGUGACAGACCCUGAAGUAGCCAGAGUGCAGGAUGGGAUUGUGCUGCAGGGAAGGGCUGUUGGCACCACUGCUGUCCAGGUGGUGUCCCCUCUGACGUCUGCAGUCCUGGCCGAGAGGAUCAUCACUGUGGUGGAUGACAAAGUGAGUGUGACGGAGCUGGGGGUACAGUUGGUUUCUGGACUCUCUUUGUCCCUGCAGCUCAGCCCGGGGAGCAACAGGGCCAUCGUCGCCACGGCAACCACGCGGGAGAUGAUCACGCAGCUCAAACAGGAGGCAGUGGUCAGCUGCUGGAUUCAGUUCAGCGAUGGUACUGUCGCCCCUCUGGACCUAUUUGACCGUAGUAUCUACUCUCUGACAGUCUCUACCCCAGAUGAAGCAGUGGCCACAGUCCGCCGCACUCCCCAGUCCACGUUUGUAGUUGCACAAGGGGAAGGUGAUGGCCGAGGGGCAGUGGUGAGAGUGGAGUUGAGGAUCUGUGAGGAAUGCCAGAAGUCCAAGCGAAAGAGCAAGUUGGCAGUGGGCAGUGGACUCUUCAGGAUCAACUUCCAGAGUGGCGGCAGAGUCGUAGCUCCAGGAGGCGUUGGAGGAAGUAGAAAUGGGAUCGGAAUGGAUGGAAACAAAGGUUUUAAUGACGGUGCAUCAGAAAUGAUUGGUGAGCUUAAAACAACAGUGACGUCACAGCGUGCAAUCACCGGAAUAGAUCAGUGGUUGUUCAGAAGCACAGCACCUGCUCAGCAAGGAACCAGCCUGGUGGAAUUGACCACAUCAACCACAGUUUCAACAAGAAAUAUGCAACCACAUGUUGUGUGGAUGGGAACUACAACCAGAGCUACAAGAAGUUCCACAUUUGCUGUCAAUCCCUCAACUGCAACUACAACCAAAAACAUUUUAAAUACACCUCUCAGCACUUCCAGACCCAUAGUUCCAACUGUGGGAUUAGUCAGUAAAGGAGAAGGGCAGAAGAAAAGCUUUGGAAACAUGCUCGACAACCCCAAUUCACCCACCAACAAAGACAUCCCAAAAGCAGACAGGACACCCAAGAAGGAACCUCCUCCUAAACCAAGAAGUCCGAAAGUUAUUGAGAGUGACUUGAUUAAGACAUUCAAAGCCAUGUCGGACUUGGAAAUCUGCUUAUACGCUCUGGUUGGGGUCUCCUGUAUAGCUAUCUUAGCGUUUCUGCUCAACUGUCUUUCAUAUAACCUCUGUUUCCGCAACAAUAAAACACCUAUCCAGGCAGGUCUGAUACCCCUUGGAGUCCCAAAGGAUCACAAGCACGACUGGGUUUGGCUGGGGACUACCAAUCAAGCUAACACCCACCCUCCAUGCGCCCCAGCUCAAGUGUCCACGCUUCAACGUGAGCCACAUCAUCCUCUGGAGCCGCGUCAUUCUGUUGACUCCAUUGGCCACACACACGCCCUGCCUACUGUGAUCACUACCAGUGUCCCCGAACGAACUGCAACCCUUGGCCGCAGCAGGUCAAGCUCUCAGCAGCAGUUCCAGAAAAAAGCAAUAGACCCCAUGGCGAACCGCUCGGCCACCUUGUUGGCUAGACCCCAUCGCUGCGAGCCGCUUCAUUCCCCAACCAGUAAGCGCAACCAAGUCCAGUUCACCACUUUCACCACCCUGGACAUCAAGCACUUGGCUGCACUGAAGAAGAACGGUGUGGACUUAAACUGGGCCAGCCAGCAGGCCCAGCAAACUCCGGCCCCAGUGGAGCCCCAUACACCUUUGCCUGACAUGCCUUGGCCUGUAGUCAAACCUCUUGGAGAGCCUCAGUGAGCUCAUUGGAGUAUUUGAGAAAGAGAUAGAGCAAACUAGUGUACAUACACAUCAUUUAAUGGCAAAGAAUGUCUAAAGAAAAAGAUUUUUUUUAUAAAAUAUAAAUUACUUUUAUUCAUUGAUUUCAAAUUGAGGACAUUUUCUAUUAAAUAAGUUGCUUGGUUGAAGCUUGUAAAUAAAAAAAUGUUAUGCUGUACCAAUCAAGGGAAACAUAAAAGCUACAUUCUUGUGUAUGUGAUGUUGUAAAUAGACAUAUAUCUAUACUAUAACUUAUUUCUACAUUUCUAACUCUUAAAACAAAUAGAUUUUCAUAACCUUUAACUUUUGUACUAUUCCUCAGCACCCGUAGGAACGGCUCCAGAUAUUUCUAGUUGUCAGGGUACAAUGCAGUACAUGAGGGAUUAUUUCGUGCAGGUAAUUCUAUUCUUUUUUCCAGCCUUUUGUACCCUUUUUCUACGAUUCCUCCCGAGAUUACCUGGGGAGUCUGUGCAAUUUGUCAGAGAAACAUGCAACAUUUAUUACUUGUACGUUUUUUUGUGGAGUGAUCUGUCAAACUCGGGCUCACUGGAUAUGUAUUCAUAACAAAUGCGCGCUAUGCAAAUAUAGUCUGUGCAGAGUUCAACCUGUGCAAGUGGACAUUGUUUCUGAAUUCUUUUAACAAAGUUACCUUGGGCGUCAGGCUUCUCCUGGGGGCUCUGUUCUACAAUCUGUAACAAAUGUCUAAUCUUAGUCUCUUGACACAGAGCAAUACAUAUUCAGCUCCAAGACUUUUCAUGUGUGAAUGAAACAGGAUGAAGCCUUUUCUCUGUUACAUUUUUAAACCAAAAUGUGUAUUUCCUUUGAAAUUCUUACAAUAAAGAAUUAAUGGAUAA